CUCGAUCUCUGCAGCAUUCAUACUCCUCUGUUAAAGCUUCUGCUUCUAUCUAUCAUAUAUCAGUGGUGUUUGUUAAAGAAUAGAAGUUUUGUGGGUGUGAGUAUGGAGUCGUCGUCGUCAUCAUCAUCAUUCUACUUGUUGUUGUUGUUCAUCUUUUCAUUAUCACUCAUCUCUCAUGCUUCUUUGGAGGCAUUCAUCCACUCCUCCUCCCCAUCAUCAUCAUCAUCAUUGUACACGAAAUGUUGUCGUGAUGAUGAGAUGGCUGCGUUGCUCCAAUUCAAGCACGCGUUUUUCAGAACCAAUCGUUGUUGGGAUCGAGACGAUGGUCCCCCAAAGCUUGAAUCAUGGAAAGAAGGGGUCGAUUGUUGCUCGUGGGAGGGUGUGGAGUGCGACGAACAAGAUGGUGAUGAUCUUGGUCAUGUCGUCGGAUUAGACCUGAGUCGCAGUUGCCUCUAUGGUUCCAUGAACUCCAACAGCUCCCUCUUUACCCUCCUUCACCUCCAGAGGCUGGACCUCUCGCAGAAUGACUUCAACUCUUCCCACAUACCCUCCGCAAUUGGGAACCUCUCAAGCCUCGCCCAUCUCAACCUCUUCGCUUCGAGCUUUUCUGGCCAAAUCCCACAACCACAACUCUCCAAUAUAACAACUUUGGUUUCCCUUGAUCUCACUUAUAACGACGGUUUGGAACUUGGCAGCCUGAAAGGACUGGUUCAACACAUGAUCAAUUUGAAGGUGCUCCUUCUGUCACACGUCAACCUCUCUUCUUCACCUCUACCUCACGACCUCCUCUCCGAUUCCUCAUCAUUAGAGUCUCUGGAUCUUUCUUAUUGUGACCUGAAGGGUGAGUUUCCUGCGGCCAUUUUUAAUCUCCCAAUGCUCAAGAUGCUCGACCUAAGCCAGAAUUAUGAUCUCAAAGGGAAUUUGCCCAACUUCCGAUCAGGGAGUCCUCUUAAAUUUCUGCUGCUCUCUGGAACACGGUUUGGAGGAGUGUUGCCUCCCUCCAUUGGAAAUCUUGCCUCUUUGGAACAUAUAGACAUCUCUCGUUGCAGUUUUACAGGGAAGCUUCCGAUGUCACUCAGUAAUCUUACCCAACUUGUUUCUUUUAUUAUUUGGGAAGGUAAUCACUUCAGCCCCGAUAGUCUCACGACUAGUUCACUGUCUUGGAUUGGCAAGCUCACCAAGCUCACUCAAGUGUAUCUCGGAAACAUGGACUUGAAGGGUGAGAUCCCGUCUUGGCUCGUGAACCUCACUCGACUUACUCGCCUAGAUAUGAGUGAUAAUCGACUUACGGGUCCAAUCCCAUCUUCCUUCGUGAACCUCACUCAACUUACUGAGCUAGAUAUGCAGCAUAAUCGACUUACUGGUCCGAUCCCACCUUCGCUUAUGAAGCUCCCAGAGCUCAAAUCUAUUGACUUGUCUCACAAUAUAUUUACCGGUCAAUUUCCAUCCAGUUUUAAUCACCAAAUUCAGAAGUUGAACCUUUCCUCUAAUAAAUUGCAAGGCUAUAUUCCUACAGAGAUCACAAAACUCACAUAUCUCACCUCAUUUGAUGUGUCAUUUAACAAUCUUUCUGGCCCUAUACCACAUGGAAACCAGUUCUUUAACUAUGACUGCACCUCAUAUGAAGGGAAUCCCGGACUGUACAUUGAACCUUGGAGCGAGCAAUGUCGAAAUGCGAGGUCUUUGCAGGCUCCAUCCGUUACAAAUGGUGACGACGACGACGAUGAAAAUGACGAUGAAUACGACUCAGAAUCUUACUUAAAAAUGAGGUGGACGAUGCGUUCGAUGGGAUUCGCAUGUGGUUUGGUUGUUGGAGUGGUCGGCGGGAACGAGUUGGCUGCAAGAAAACACGAUUGGUUUGUCAAGACUUUUGCAAGGAAACGGCGAUAGAUGGUGUUCGUGAGAUCGAGGAGAAGCCUGCUACAAGCAUUCUAAGUUGUGCUUGAAACUUAAAGAGAACUUUGAAAGCUCAUACAGUAUGUAAACAGAAAUCAUUCAUGUGGAUUAUUAUGUCCCAAUCUUAGGACAUUAUCUUGUUUUCGUUUGAACAAUAUCAUCCUAUGUUGUCACUUUGCAUUAAAUUGUUACUUCUGGA